AUGGCCGACGACGGGCCGGAUUCGUUCGAUUCGUUCGACCCGUUCGAAGAGGACCGAAUGGAUAUAUCUGGAACUCUGACACAGCCGAUCGUGCUCGACGAUUCGGACGAUUCGUUCGACGCGGGACCCGCCAAACCGACGGUCCUCGAUCGGAAAGCCGUCGUUGAAAAGUAUCAUAUGCUCAAAAAAGAGGCGGAGCAGCUGGACGAGCUCGCGAGGGAGGUCAGGAAUCUGGUGCUGAUCUGCAAGCAAAUGGAGGAGUGCUACUCGAAGCGGGUAAAUCGGACCGAGAUGCUCGCGAGUUCCGCGGAAGUUCGGCAUCUGCACGACGGCACCGCCCUUCUCCUCGUCACCGUUCACAAUAUUACGGACCGUCCUAUGGUCGACUGGAUUCUCUCUAUUCAUCCCACUCCGAUCCAUCCGCAGAUUGCCAGUACCUCCAGCCAGACCAUCGCCCUGGGCUCUCUUCUUCCGGGCACCCGGAAGACCUUCGAAUGCCACGUGGCACGAGACGCGUGCGCACCGCCCGUCCUUUUGCAGUUGUCGCUGAUCCGCGAGUUCCAGUUGGAGGAGGUUCGGAAGGUGUUCCACGUGGAUCUCGAUCCGAUUUGCGUGACUCUUUGGGAUGAAAUGCAGAGGAUUAAGGAUCGGAAUGUGAAUUCUGUACGUGAAAACUAGUGCAUUCUUAUUUAAAAAAAAACAAUAAUUUCAGAGCUUCCACACGUCAAUCCGCCUCCCAAACUGUCUGAUCGACCUGCUCUCCGGCCGUCCCGACACCGUCGUCACGCCUUCACAAGUCUUCCGCGCCGUCCUCCACCUCGACGUCGAACCGAACACCUCCGACGUCGUUCUGUGUCUCCAGUCUUCUUCAUCGUCAGUACUUGUCAAAAUCAGCUGCUCGCGAGACGGAGGCACGCAUCACUCGCUGAGCAUCGGCACGGAGAGCUCGCGGAGCCACGCGGCACUCGUCGAGCAGCUGCGUCUGCGUCUGUGUGUGGAGAUGUCGAAAUUGAAGUCGCGGCCGGCGAAAAAAGGGAUAGGAAUUGUGGCAGAAAUGGGCACGGCCGGCUCGAUUGAAGAGCUCUUUCAGUCUACGCUCUCCGCCUUUUAUUGA